AGGCAUUCCAGAGAUGUUUUAAACUUUUAAGUAUAGUCGAUAAUAGAUCUUGCGUAUCCUAAACUGAAGUAUGGUGGAGUGUCACUAGCGGUUGUCAACUGACACUAAAAUGCCGCCUUGCCCCACCAACACGAGCGGCCAGAAGGCCGAGGACAGAGCGGAUAAAGGACCGCUGGAGUCUCUGGAUAAAACCACGGACCACAUCAGUAGCCAGCAAACUAGCGUAGCUGAUGUACGAAAAACCUUAAAUGGCACGACCAACCAAGAAAAAUCUUGUCCCCUCAUCCAGCAUGUACCCCAAAAUUCAAAUCCGGCAUCCUUAGAGUCCGAGAGCAAAUACACUAGCCUCAACGACCACGAUGAUGGCCACCACCACCAUCACCAUGACGACUACGAUUACAAGUUCUCCUUCAAACAAAUGUACAUCGAUACCCUGAACUUAGAUUGGUCCAAAGUGCUGUGGGACAUGGUCCUGGUGCUGGUAGUCUUCCACGUUCUAGUUCUGUACGGUGUCUACCUGAUUAUUACGGGCCAGGUGAGGGUGUGGAGCUACGUUUACAUCGCCCUUAUGUCCAUCUUUGCUGGCCUCGGGGUGACAAUGGGGGUACACAGGUUAUGGACACAUCGAUCCUUCAAGGCGUCGUUGCCGGUACGCAUUGUGCUUAUGUGUCUGAACAGCGUCGCCUUCCAGGAGAGCAUCUACCUCUGGAGCCAGAACCACAGGGUUCACCACAAGUGGUCCGACACAGACAGGGACUUUACCAACUCCCGCAGAGGGUUCUUCUUCGCCCACAUGGGCUGGAAGAUGUACCAAACUCACCCCGAAGUGAUCAAGGCCAGGAAGAUGAUCGACUGCAGCGACCUAUUGGAUGACCCGGUGGUUCGUAUCCAGAAUGAGUACUACUACUGGAUCUCCCUCCCCCUCGCCUUCAUACUACCCACCAUCAUCCCCAAUUACCUGUGGGGGGAAGACCUCGUCUACUCAUUCCUCACGUGCGGGUUGGUACGACUGGCCAUCACCUUCCACGUGACCUGGUGCAUCAACUCCGUGGCCCACCUCUACGGCUACAGGCCCUACGACAAGAACCUCUACGCCCACGAGAACCAGAUUCUAGGACCUUUGGCCCUCGGUGAGGGAUGGCACAACUACCACCACGCCUUCCCCAGGGACUACAGGGCCAGCGAGAUGGACGGUUGGGGCUUCAACUUGACCACCAAGAUCAUCGAGACGCUCGCGAUGGUCGGGCUCACCUCCGACCUGGUCACGGCGUCAGACGAGCACGUGGACCGCCGCGUGGCCCGUACCGGGGACGACGAAGAGCGGGAUAAACUGUGGCGCGAGGUCAUGGGGUACACC